AUUUAUUUAUAAAUAUAAAUGAGGAUGCAAGCCAAACAAACGUCAAUUAUCAUGCAAUUGGAUCCCCAUUUUUCCAUAUUAUUAUAAUAUUAGAGCAAUUGCGCCGCCCGUCGUUGUUUUCUAGAUGGAGUGGUUUUCCCCAUUGUUCUGCUUCGCUCUCUUAGCCCUUCUCUCGCCGCCCCAUCACGGCGCACGUGCUCUGGAAUUCGAUUCCGCCCUUGCUCGGGAGCUUCUGGAAUCGGCGUCGGAUUCCGAAUUUUCGGGGUGGUUGAGAAGUGUUCGGAGGAGAAUCCACGAGUACCCGGAAUUAUCAUUUGAAGAGCGGCGAACGAGUCAACUCAUUCGAAGCGAGCUCGACUCACUCGGGAUUGAGUAUGUGUGGCCCGUCGCUGAAACAGGUGUGGUGGCCACUGUUGGCUCCGGUGCUCAGCCGUGGUUCGCUCUUCGAGCCGACAUGGAUGCUCUCCCUAUGCAGGAACUAGUGGAAUGGGAGCACAAGAGCAAAAUCGACGGCAAGAUGCAUUCCUGCGGUCACGAUGCUCACGUCACGAUGUUGCUCGGAGCAGCUAAAUUACUACAAAAAAACCGCGACAAAUUGAAGGGCACUGUGAAACUCAUCUUCCAACCUGGAGAAGAAGGCCACGCGGGUGCCUAUUACAUGAUAAAAGAAGGAGCCCUAGAUGGAGUUCAAGCCAUUUUUGGCUUGCAUGUGGACCCGAUGAUUCCGACAGGAACUGUCAGUUCUCGGGUGGGCCCCUUGCUUGCUGGAGCGGGCCGGUUUACGGUGGUCAUUCAAGGUAAAGGUGGACAUGCAGCAAGCCCGCAUAAAACUCGAGAUCCUAUACCUGUUCUUUCUAUGGCGAUUCUUGCUCUACAGCAUAUUGUUUCGCGAGAAACCGACCCGCUUGAGCCCAGGGUAAUCUCGAUUGGAUUCGUUCAAGGUGGUGAAGCAUUAAAUGUUAUCCCCGAGACUGUCACAUUUGGUGGUACUUUCCGGUUUGUAAGCGCUGAAAGUUAUGCCUACCUUAAGCAGAGGAUUAAAGAGGUAAUUGAAACACAAGCAGCGGUGCACCACUGCACAGCCAUGGUUGACUUCAUGGAGGAAUCACUAAGACCAUAUCCACCGACAAUCAAUCACCCCACAAUGUACGACCACGCUAAAAGGGUCGGAGAAAACUUGCUCGGCAAGCAAGGUGUGAGAAACGACCCCAUGAUAAUGGGAGCGGAAGAUUUCAGCUUCUAUGCAGAGAAGGUUCCAGCAGCUUUCUUUAUGAUAGGUGCAAAAAACGAGACGAUGACAUCAGCAAAAGGGCUGCACUCGCCCCACUUUGUGAUCGAUGAAGGAGUUCUUUCGGUGGGAGCUUCUCUGCAUGCUGCAGUUGCCAUGGCUUACUUGGAAGAUCAUGCCAAAUGAAUUCUUUAAUUCGAUUUCCGAGGUAAAAGAUUCGAGUUAGAGAAAUGCCAAAAAAGUGGGGAAAAAAAAAAAGAAUAUAACGGUUCGAUUACGUAAUGUUUUGUAUUUGCAUUUUCUGGAAGUUGACUUGAGUUUUUGUGUAAGCCCUUUCGAUUUUUCUUGAAUCGAUUUCUCAUGUAAGAACAGAGGAUUUGAAGUGAAAUUGUUGCAGGUAGUACUUCAUGCA